GCGAAGGUAACAGAGUUAGCAACUCCCAAGAACAUUUCCCGCCAAAUUCGACCUUUUAUUCAUCGACUGCUUUCGAGGUUUUCGAUUUCUCUUUUCUUCAAUGUUUUCAAGUGUUUAUGUUCUCAAGUUUGUUCAGAUUCGCAUUCCUAAUUGAACACGGUGGAAGGCUGAAGAUUGGAACCGUAUUCUUUGCCGUGAAGAUUUUGUUUGAGAAUUUAGAGGGUCUAUGAUUUCUCUAGUAUUCCAUGGCGUUAGAGGUUACUUCUGAAGGUUAAUAAUGAAAUGCAAUGCUUGCUGGAGAGAACUUGAAGGGCGAGCUAUCUCCACAACUUGUGGUCACUUGUUGUGCACAGAGGAUGCAAGCAAGAUCCUUAGCAAUGAUGGAGCCUGCCCCAUUUGUGAUCAAGUUCUUUCUAAAAGCCUCAUGAAACCCGUGGACAUCAAUCCAAAUGAUGAAUGGGUAAAUAUGGCCAUGGCUGGUAUAAAUCCUCAGAUAUUGAUGAAAAGUGCAUAUAGAAGUGUAAUGUUCUAUAUUGGACAAAAGGAAUUGGAGAUGCAGUACAAAAUGAACAGAAUCGUGGCUCAAUGCCGACAGAAAUGUGAAGUUAUGCAAGAAAAGUUUACUGAAAAACUGGAGCAGGUGCAUACUGCAUACCAAAAAAUGGCCAAGAGAUGCCAGAUGUUGGAACGAGAGAUGGAGAAUAUAUCCAAAGACAAACAAGAGCUCCAGGAGAAGUUUGCUGAAAAAUCCAGGCAGAAGAGGAAACUAGAUGAGAUGUAUGAUCAAUUGAGGAAUGAGCAUGAAUCACUAAAACGGUCGGCCAUCCAGCCUGUGAGCAAUUUUUAUCCAAGAAACGAGCCCGAUUUGUUCUCAAACCCCGUUAGUUUGAUGGAUAACAGAGAACCCAUGAGGAAAGACUUGCUGGUUUCCGCUCCUGAAACCCCAGGACCAAGAGAGGAAAUAUGGCCAACACGACAAAAUAGCGGGAACUCUGGUCACUUCGACAUCUCCGUUGGGUCACCGGCAAAACAAGCUGCUCCGAUGGCAAUGGAAGCUGGGAAUAGAAGAGGGGGAGCUCACAAUGCGUUUGGAAGUGGAGCUGGCAACCCCUCCAUGACUCUGCGCAACUUGAUUCUGUCCCCAAUCAAACGACCUCAGCUCUCACGUCGCCCUCAAAUGUUCACAUUGUGAGAUGGAAGUGGCCGAGUUGACGUUUGGUGGGCAAAAGGGCAGAUCAAUUCCGCUUGCUUCAAGGUUCUCUUUUCUUUCUUUUGGUAGUUUUGAAGUCGGUGGAGGAUUACAGAAAAUCAAGAAAAUAGGAUACAGAUUUUUUCUUUUUUUUUUCUUGGGUAUCUUUCGGUUUAUGAACAAUCGAAUAUUAAGUAGAUUUAUCUUCCACCACUCGCACAAUCUUUUUUUAUUUCUUGCGCAAGGCUUAAUUUCUUUGCGUGAAGAAUAAAAAAUGUAGAAAUCUUUAUCAACUAAUCGGACGUUAUACAGACAGUGUUC